UUAUUUUCCACUCCAGAAAUUAAUGAUCAUGAGCUCGUAUUUGAUGGACUCUAACUACAUCGAUCCGAAAUUUCCUCCAUGCGAGGAAUAUUCGCAAAAUAGCUACAUCCCAGACCACAGCCCCGAAUAUUACAGCCGUACGAGGGACACUGGCUACCAGCAUCAUCACCAGGAGUUGUACCCUUCGCGAGCGACCUACCAGGAGCGCCAAUAUAGCUGUGCAAGCAUCUCCGAACCCGAGACCCAGAGAGGGCACGGGCUACCACAUUCAGGACACCUGCUUCCUGGGAAAGCGCAACCAGCUCCUCGCGAGCCCCCACCGUUACCCACGUCCCCCUCAACCCCACCGGCUGCGCCUCCCGCCUGCAUCCAAGCCACCCCGGAGCAUCCUAACAGCACAGUUUCGUCCAAGCAGCCUGUAGUAUACCCGUGGAUGAGGAAAAUCCACGUCAGCACCGUGAAUGCCAGUUACAAUGGAGCAGAACCCAAGCGGUCCAGGACUGCUUACACGCGCCAGCAGGUAUUAGAAUUGGAGAAGGAAUUCCACUAUAACCGCUACCUAACUCGGCGAAGACGCAUCGAGAUCGCGCACUCCUUGGUUCUCUCUGAACGGCAGAUCAAAAUUUGGUUUCAGAACCGACGGAUGAAGUGGAAAAAAGACCAUAGGCUACCCAACACCAAAGUCAGAUCCUCCGCACCCGCGGGCACAUCCUCUGGAUCCAACACAACCUCGUCAGCGGGCACUGUCUCGGCUGCUCUGGCUUCUAAUACGGUGGCAGCUACCGAGGAACACUCGCGGGUGCCCGGAGCCGAACGAGACGAGGAUAUUACAAGGUUAUAA